AUGUCGACAGUCUCAUUAGACGAAGAAGACACUGGUUUCUCAACUCAAGAGCGUGCGGCCAUUGCAAGGCUUACAAGCAUGAGCAGGGAGGAGUUUCUUGCAAACUGGAGCCUUGAAUCCACACGAUCGACAAAUCAUGCAUCACAACCGGGAUCACUUGCUUCAGAUCGUGUGGAUAUUAGUGACAGCAGCGAUAACGACGAUUCAGAUAGUUCGCUUGAAAACAACUAUUUAGAGACUUUGAGAAACCCUGCACCUCCCGCUCAACCUGUCGACGCCAAGAAUUCACAAUCAAUAGCUCAACGAAAUACCAGCAAUACUGCUACUAUCAACAGUGAUAACAAUGGAAAUCAACAGUUACGGGGACAACAGCAAAUACAACCACAGCAAAAGCAACAUUCUCAAUUUCCACGCCGCAGUCUUCGACCUAGGCGUCAAGAACAAAUGCAACCGUACACAUUCGAUCAAAGGCACUACAGUGCCUUGGUGCGGCGACGUGGUUUUGAAGAGCUACUACUACAAGACGAUUCGAGUGAUAUUACUAUCAGACACCGGCAUCGAAAAACCGCAGAGGAUCGAUAUGAAGAUGAAGGCGACAAUCAGGAAGUGGAUCCGGACGAACAGUUGCCAGUUAAACGGAUUACAAAACUUGUACUCCCUAUACGACGUCGCAAAUCGCUUUCGGCAGAACCAGAGGGUCCCAAAAAACCUGCUGAUCUGUCAAAAUACACCAAAACACCGUAUUUCCCAUCAUCCACGUCAACUGGUGCACGACUCAACACGACUAGCAACAGCGCCACAACCACUUCUACUACUAUUACUAGCAGAGUCAACAAUGAUAUCUGGUCAGCGAUUCCCCGUACAUCCAAAGUCGUCUACUCGCGCACUCCUAAAAAGAGAUCGAAAAAGGAAAAGGGUAAAGGUCUGGCUCAAGAAAGACCGCUUCUUGACGAUACUAGCACUCUCUCAACCCAGUCACCAUCACCAGCAUUUGCAAAUGUACAUCAGGCAACUCAACUGAACCGGCAAGACUCAGGUCACAUUGAUGAAGCGUUAAAGGAUGUGUUUUCUGAGCUUUUCAGCGGCUCUGAAAACGAACAACACGACGACGAUGCGAAAAGUGUCAGCAGCACCAUGAGUUUGGAUUCCGUUCUAGUUCGUGCAGAGAUGGCAAUGCGUGCGCAGCAGGAGCAGGAGGAAAACAGUGGAAAGAGCAACAAGCACUUUAACCCAUCGUUUGAAGACCUUGAGGGAGAGGAGGAACUGCACAUUCCUCGACGAAAACGUGUUCGACGGGAUCAUUCACUGGAUAGUGACAGUGAACAGGAGGAUGACCCCUUUGCAUUCCCUGUUGAUGAUCCCAUCCCACUCAACAACGGCAACAACAACGACCAUUACGGCGUGUUUGAUCUACCAGAAGCAGAUAAUGAACAGGAUCCACCCCGAUCAACUGCUCCACCGCGCCAACGAAUACAUCGAGUGCAGCAAGACGAUGAUUUUAUUGUACAUGAUGGAAGCGAGUAUGAUCGACCCAAGCGCAAGAAAAGACAUACGUUUCGAGGUGUUUUACCAUUCAGCUAUAAACCUCCCAGUGAAACUGAUCGAACAAGACAUCUCACCCCACCACAACUCGUUGAAGAAGAGGAUAAAGGACUAGGAUGUGAUUCACCCAUUGAAGACGACGAUCCAUCACCCUCGCAAAAUUUUGUUGACAGUCCAUUGAGGUCGCCAACACCUUUUGAAGAAUUAUCAAGUGAACCACGAUCCUUUAUCUCGUCACCCGUAAGAAAACAACAGCGGACGCUUACCGGGUAUGUCCAAAGAGCAGCUCGACCUCGGGAAAAGACAUAUUCGACCCAUAAACGAGGGAAAAUUGCGCAAAUGCACAAGGAAGCAGUCUCUCGUGCACGCUCGUUGCAGACUUCAACAUCAAGAAGAUCGGCAACAGCCUCUAAUACUCGUGCUCGCUCCACAACUACUUUAAAUAACAAAUUAGCAAGAUAUUCGACAUCCUCGUCAUCAUCUCGUGUAGCAACACAAUGCAAACCUCCUACGAUCCAACCAAGACGGCCGCGAAAACGGAACCUCAAUGGCCAAAUAUACAUCGUGCCCGGUCCAGGCCCAUCAAGUCAGAUUGAACGCAAGGUUACAGGUUGGCGCUCCAGUAUACGGCCGCAUUUGUCGAUAGAGUGGACCGACGAAGGGGAGAUUUGUACCGAUGUAGGUGAAGUGUUACAUCCAAGUACUACUUCAACAGGAACAGAACCCGUUCGACCCCAACCAGAUCGAGCAGAACCACCACAAUACAAUUAUUCCGAUAUGAUAGAUGAUGACAACACUAUCCUCGAUUCAACACCACCAUCACCACAACCUCAUAAUGAGAACAUACUCCAAGACCAUCAAAUGGUGUGUGAAGACAGUGAACCGAAGGAUCCAUUUGCACGGAUCCUCCAAAACUAUCCGACGCUGUCCAUAGAUUAUGGCAUGCCGAUGGUAGUGAAUGGCAGCGCCCAGUUGCUAGGCACCAGCUAUCUCAAACAUGGUUAUUUGCAACGACUCGUAUCUUUACCAUUGGACUUCGGUGCUGGUGGCGGCCCAGGACCAUCCGCUACAGCUGUCGAACUACUUGGACGACGUGUCCUCUUUACACAAGAUGCUGAACAGAACAAACAGUUGAUCAAGAGUUUAUUUCGUGAGGCUUUCAAGCAUAUUGGUGCCUUAUUUGAUAAUGCCAAUCACGUUGCAAUAGCUUCGGUGGCCAUGGUCAAUCUCCUUUCAUUUUUCCAGUUUGUCACCGAGACUAUGUGCAGCUGGGUGUGGCGCCUGCCGAGCGGACAACAACGACCCAUGACCGAAUUUCUAGUAGCUCAGUGUGUACUGCUGUACUCGCGCGUUUGGAGCAUGGCUGGUCUUGAUGUUGACCAUUUUUGGAAAUCACGACCACUUGUUACUCACGGACAACAAAAAAAUCUAUCGCAUUCUUAUAAGGCGCUACUACUACUGCUGAUUUACGCACUGGAUUGGACGUCACGGAUUGGAACCCCCGAACAGCAAGACGACUGUAAGCAUCGUUUAAUAUGGUUGCUGUACUGGAUCGGCCCAACCUAUGCGCACCUCGAGCGCAGCACACAACAAGAAGAAUCAUUUAUCGUCGCCCAAGAACCUCUGGUCGCCGAGGCUUGGGUAUGCAUUUUCCACUUGUACGCGCCAGAGGAUAUCCAUCAGGGUCAGUGUUGGAUGACAGUCAUGAAAUUUUUAGAGCAGCAAGCACAGCAGGACAAGCUGAGUGCGAGACAAGAAAUGGAGAGAAAAUGGCAUUGGUUGCUGGUGCUUAACGCGUUACGAUGCGUGGAUAAAGGCGGGACGUAUACCCGACCUGUAGCAGGGAUUGCUACAGUGGAAACCAUGUGUGGCAGUGAGCUUGCAAGCGGUCUAGCGACAGCUAUUGCGGAAAAUGCAUCGAACGUUUAG